ACAGGAUGUGGCCACAAGGUGGAAUUCAACAUAUUACAUGUUGAAAAGAUUUACAGAAAUCAAAGAUCCGAUCAUCUCCACCCUGGCACUAACUAAUGCAUCUCUGCCAAGCUUGUCACCAGAGGAAUGGAACAUUUCCAGAGAAAUAUUGGACAUCAUUAAGCCAUUUGAAGAGGUCACCACAGAAGUGAGUGCAGAAAAGUUUGUGACUGCAUCCAAAGUCAUUUUGAUGACAAGAGGUCUUCAGAGGAUUGUUGCCCGAUAUCAAAGAAAUCCCUCCAGCUUUGACCCUGUUAAAAAACUAGUGGAUGCCCUGAUGUCAGAAAUGACUAAGAGGUUUGGCAGAGUGGAACACAUUGAAAAGCUUGCUGAUGCUACUUGCCUGGACCCAAGGUUCAAAAAGCAAGCUUUUGUCAAUCACCAGGCAGCAGAAGAGACAGUAAAGAGGAUUAUUGCAGCUGCAGCAGCUAUUAACCCAGCUCAGAGUGAGGAGGAUACUUCAGAUCCUGGUGCGACUGCCAGUGCAGGGGCCAUGUUUUGGGAAGAUUUUGAUGAGAGGGUAGCAAGCUUGAGGCCUUCUGCUACCUCUUCUAAGACCUCAGAUGCGAUGAUGGAGAUGCGGGCCUACCUUGCAGAGCCACUCUUACCCCGCACAUCAGACCCUCUGUCCUGGUGGAGGAGAUGUUCACCCGUUUACAAAAGCCUUUCUGAAGUCACGAAGAAAAGACUUUGUAUUGUGGCCACAUCCGAAAACGAUUUGCAGGGACAUCUUGUGGACGUCAUCAUCUGGAUCAAGGACCUCAGAAUCCUCUAG